AUGAAAGGCGAAUUAUCUAGACUUGGCCCUAGGCACGAUAACGAUUUUCUUGAAAUAUGCAAAAUAUCAAUAAUUCCAACAAAAGAUGAAAUUUUGGCAUCACGUGAGCCAUCUUUGCCUUCAUUUAUGUUAGGUCCUUCAGAAUUUUUGCCUGAUGGGAUUGCACGUCUUCUUGAUAUGCAAUUCAGAUUGUUGAGAGAAGAUAUGCUUAAUCCGAUCAGAUUGGGUAUUUCACGUUUUUUGACAGACUUAGAUAAAAACAAGGUUCAAUUUAAAAAGUUACGUGAAGAAGGUGGUAGAUUCCGAUACGAUAAGGGUGAUAUAAGUGGAGAUCUUAAUGUCUAUACAAACAUCAGAUUUGUUUCUAUUAACGUAAAUCGAUACCGUGGAUUUAUUUCUCGUGUUGCAUUCACUCCACCAAAGAUAAAAUCAGCCAAAGAUGAAAAACAUCGUCUCCAUUAUUGGGAACGAUCAAGAAAAUUGAUGAGUGGUAGUUUAAUUUGUGUCCUCUGGCAAAAUAAAGUAAACGAGGAUAGCGACGCAAAUUCAUCGCAAACCUAUUCCCUUUAUUUUGGAGUAGUUGUUGAAAAGAAUGAGAAACGUCUAUCCCGAUUUGAAACCGAAGCCAUGAUUGAUAUUCAUUUCAUCGAAUCUUCAAUUUAUCCUAUUGUUUUAGAAGAUAUUUCAAUGGGAAGAGAUCAUCCUUCUCGUCCUAAACGAUUUAUGGUUGAAUCUACAGGAGUAUAUUUCGAAUCUUAUAACCAUAUAUUAAAAACAUUACGAGUUACUAAUCCUUCAGAAGUUCCAUUUCGACAAUAUUUGGUGUCAUCACUCGAAGGCGGCGAUCGAAAUAUUCAAGUUGAAACUCCAUUAUAUACGAGAGCUCCUAGGUUUCAUUUUGAUUUAUCAAUAUUAUUAAAAGAUCCUUAUGAUUCCUUAUUAUUAAAUGUACAAGAUGAGAUAUCAAGAGAAAACGCAAUUAGAAAGUUAGCAACGCCAAAUAUUAGUGUUUUUGAUGAAACACAAGCUAAAUCAUUGGUUGACGCUUUGUCUAGAGAAAUCGCUUUAAUUGAAGGUCCACCGGGAACUGGAAAAACAUAUGUCGGUAUUGAAUUAGUGAAAGUCUUACUUUCCGAAAAAAAUCGAAAAGCUACUGCAAUUGGGCCAAUUCUUACCAUCUGUUAUACAAAUCAUGCAUUGGAUCAAUUUCUUGAGUGUCUACUUGAUAAUAAUAUUACCAAGAUUGUUCGUUUGGGUUCUAGAAGUAAAUCCGAUAGAAUAAAAGAGUUUAAUUUAGAGCAAAUUUCUCGUAGUCGUCCUAAGGUUUCACAUCGAGGGUUCAUGUUAUAUGAAGCUUAUGAAGAACUUGAUGAAAUCAAAAAUGAAGCAAUAAAUUUACAAGACAAACUUUCUAGAGAGUUGAUGACAUGGAAUGAUGUUAAGAAUUAUCUAUUGGCUGAAUAUAUGGCUUAUUAUUUGCAAUUCACCGAUAAUGGAACAGAUUUUCCAGAUCUUUUAUUAAAUAUCGAAAAUGAAGAGAGCAAUAUGCUUCCAGAUGAAACGGAUAAGAAUGGCGAUGAAUGGACAAUUGUUGGUGAAGAGAAACUGAAAAAUCAAUCGAUAUGGGAUCAGUGGAUUAAUGGCGUUGAUAUUCGACGACGGGAACAAUUGGUUCAAGCAAUUUAUCGCAAUCAAAAUGCAAUUGAAAAAAAUAUUUCAAAAAAAGGAAAAGGAAGAGACGAUCAAAACGAAAGACCUAAUAAUAUGUAUGAAUUUCUUAAGAAUGUACCUCGGGACGAUGAGUCUGUCGAAGGUGGCGAUGAAAGCGAAGAAGAAAGUUCAGAAGAUGCGUUCAAUUACGAAGAAUCGCAAAAAAUUAUACAAAAUAAUGGUACCAAUAACAUAAAAAACGACGAAACCGACGAAACCGAAUAUUGGCUUCAGAAGUUGGUUAUUCCAGAUGGGGAUCGAGAUUUAGAAACAUUACUUGAGGACACAGAUGUAUGGAAUAUGUCUAAAGUUGAACGUAAGCGAGUACACGAUCAUCUCCGUGAGGCCAUUCGUAAAGAAGUUAUUAUUGAUCUUGCAGAUCUUGAAAUGAAGCACACCGCAAAAAGAAAAGAAAUUGAAGACAUUAAUGAUGAAGGUCGUCGAGAAAUUCUAGAAAAUUGUCAAGUUAUUGGAUUAACGACAAGUGGAGCCGCAAAAUAUCAAUCUUUAAUUCGUUCUGUAGCUCCACGCAUUAUUGUAGUAGAAGAAGCAGGAGAAGUUUUAGAAGCCCACAUAUUAAGUUCAUUAACACCUUCUACGCAGCAUUUGAUCCUAAUUGGUGAUCAUUUGCAAUUACGUCCGCAUAUUGCUACAUAUACAUUAUCUGUGGAUAGUCAACCUGGAAAGUAUUUCAUGUUAGAUAGGUCAUUGUUUGAACGUUUAGGUGUUACUAUGUCACAAUUAACUAUUCAAAGAAGAAUGAGACCAGAAAUUGCGGAUUUAAUUAGAGGAACCUUGUAUCCAAAACUUACCGAUGGUACAAAUACAAGAGAGUAUCCUAAAGUUCGGGGAACUCCACAUAACCUUUUUUUCAUUGAUCAUAGACAUUCUGAAGAUGCUGCUGGAUCCAACCAAUUUGCACUUCAAUCUCACUCAAAUACAUUUGAAGUAGAAUUUGUCGUUGAACUAAUUCGAUACUUUGUUCGCAAUGGUUACGAUAAACCGAAUGAUAUUGCUGUUUUAACUCCAUACCUUGGACAAUUAAUCAAGUUAAGAGAUGCCUUACGUGAAUCAUUUGUUGUUGUAAUCGAUGAAAGAGAUAACCAAGAUAUUGAAGAACUUCUUGGUGAAGCAGAUCCGGAAUAUGAAAAUCCUAACGGAACGGUGACAAUUGCCGAGAAACGUUCAUUACAACGCCAAGUUAUAUUAAAGACUGUGGAUAACUUCCAAGGAGAAGAAGCGACAAUAGUUAUCGUAUCCUUAGUUCGAAAUACGACAAGUUGUAACCAUGGAGGUAUCGGGUUUCUAAAGUCAUCAAACAGAACAAAUGUCCUCUUAUCUCGUGCCAAACAUGGAAUGUUUAUGUUAGGUAAUGCGGAUUUGUUAUCUGAACGUUCGGAUAUGUGGAAGUCUGUAAUCGGUUUAAUGCGUGAAAGAGGUCAAGUUGGACGAACAUUCCCAAUCCUAUGUGAAUCACAUCCAGACAUUAUAAACGAUAUCAGCAGUCCUAAGCAAUUCCGAGAAUUGUCACCUGAUGGCGGUUGCAAUUCACCUUGUCGUUAUCGUAUGCCUUGUGGACACAUAUGUUCAUAUAAGUGUCAUCCUGAUGAUCCGGAUCAUAUUGGAGCGGCAAAAUCUUGUAUACGUCCAUGUUUAAGAUUACACGAUAGUUGUAACCACGUUUGCCCAUUACCGUGUGGAGAUCCAUGCGGUGAAUGCCAAAUCAUUGUAGAAGAUAUAUUAUUGUCUUGCGGACAUUAUUUUACCUCACCGAAAUGUUAUCAGUCUCAGGAUCCCAAAUCUAUCAUGUGUUAUGCCACGGUAACUCGUAUUUUACCAACUUGUGGUCAUGAACUCAAUGUACAUUGCAGUUCAUCUAUUGGUUCAUUACGUUGUGAUCAUGAAUGUGGUAUCAUAUUGGAAGGCUGUGGACAUUCAUGCAAAAAUAAGUGUUGUGAGUGUCAAAAGAGGUCAAUUGCAGCAAACAACAAGGAGCCGAAACUGGACCAACAAGGCCAUGUCAUGAGAACUAAUCACCUGAAAUGUAUACAACGAUGUGGACGAAUUCUUUUUUGUGGUCAUGCUUGCGCAUCUUCGUGUCAUAAGGGAGCAUGUCCACCUUGUAAAGAAAAUUGCUCGGCCGCAUGUCGCCAUUCAAAAUGCAUGUUGAAUUGCAGUGAGCCAUGGCAUCGCUGUGCUAGUGUCUGUGGCGAAGAAUGUCCUCCACAAAAAUAUUGUGUAUUAUGUGCGAAUGACGAAAUUAAAUCGCAAGUUGUCGAUAUUUAUUUGCAAGAAUCAUUUAAGGAGGUGGACUGGGAAGUACAUAGAUUGAUUGUCCUGGAAUGUGGUCAUUGUUUCACUAUGGAAUCAAUGGAUUCACUUAUGGAACUUGACAAAUAUUAUGUUAGACAUGAAACAACAUGGAUUGGAUUAAAGAUUCCUCCAGAAGAAAUGUCAAAAGUUAAAAGUUGUCCUAACUGCAGACAUCCAAUUAGCAAUGUCCGUCGUUAUGGACGUGUUAGUAAGAAAAUAAUGCUUGAUGCAGCAAAAAUGAAAUUCCUACAAAAAUAUACUAGAUCAUUAAAAAAUGCCCGAGAUUCAUUAGAAAAAACAGUUAAGGAAUUAGAAAAUAAAAGGGACCAAUUUAUUGAUAAAAUUGUAAAGUCUGCAAAAGAGAAGUCAAUAGGAAAAGAAUAUUAUAAAUCUCAAGCAUCGAAUACAAAAGUUCCUGAGCUUACGCCGGUACAGCAAUUCGCAGAGGUGGUACAACAUGAUAUUUCCAAAGUCCAUGAAACACUUUGGGCAAAUCAAGUUUUUCGUUUGAUUGGCUGUUAUCGAGAGAUAUUCUUAAUCAUGACGGGCACCAAGGAUCCUCCAUACAAACGUGCAUUCGAUGCGGCUGUUGUAAACUUGUAUCAUGUAAGAUCAGCUGCGGAAACAGAAAACAUCGAUGUAUUGAAACUUGUCGAGCAAAUGGAGUCCCUUAAUUUGUCUGGAAAGAGUUCCAUGCAUCAAUUAGCUUUACAAAGGGAAUGUCUUCAACAAGUUGGUAUUCCUUUGCCUGUUGUUAGUCAUGGAAUCUAUGUCAAAGCAUUUUUUGAGGUCGUACAUAUUCAAAAAGCAAUGUUCAUGGAAGCAAAACACGUUGUUCAUGCAUUGGAUUUGGCACUAAAUGAAAACAUUAAUCUAAUAUAUUUACAAUCAAUUCGUGACAAAACUACACUGCAAUCUAUCAAUACCCGUAACGCUUGGAUCAAGUUCACAAGAUUUAUUUUAGAAACGACAGUUGAACAUCUCAAAAUUAUUUGUGAGGUUGCAAAAGAGACCAAAUAUUAUAGAGAUUACGCUUUUGCUUUAUUAGAGUUAAGCGAAAUACAAUGUCAAUAUGGAGGUUUCAUCUUAAGUUAUGAAAUUAUAGAUUCUAACAAAUCAGCUUCAGAGCAAGCAACAAGGAUAAAGAAAUCUGUUUCGAGUCUUUGUGAAGAUAUUCAACAAAGAUUUACAAGUUUACAGAAUUUAAUUGGAUUAAUUGAUGGGGAAUAUAUCCAAAAACAGUUUAUUUCACGAAUGAAACAGAUAUCUAAAGAUGUUAAUGAAUUGGAAAAUUGUAGAGGCAAAACUAUUUUGAGAUCGGAAAAGUUAGAAAUCUUCAGAGCGAUGAACAUUGAACUUCAAGGUUCAGGUCAUUGGUAUCAAUGUCCAAAUGGUCAUACAUAUGCGAUUGCAAACUGUGGAUUAGCAAACCAAGCAAGUCAUUGUCCGGAAUGUGGAGCUAACGUAGGAGGAGUUAAUUAUAAUUUGACAGCUGGAAAUACUAGAAGUAAUGAAUAUGAAAAUUUAUAUCAAUACAACCAGUAA